GUAUUUUUUUUUUCAGCUAGCCAAGAUGGCGGACUACGACUUGACAACCAAGAUAGCUCAUUUUCUGGAUCGGCAUUUGGUUUUUCCUCUGUUGGAAUUCCUGUCUGUGAAAGAGAUCUACAAUGAAAAGGAACUUCUUCAGGGAAAGCUGGACCUCCUCAGCGACACAAACAUGGUGGAUUUCGCCAUGGAUGUGUACAAAAACCUGUACCCGGACAAGGAAAUCCCACACUCUUUGAGGGAGAAGAGAAGUACUGUGGUCGCCCAGUUGAAGCAGCUGCAGUCAGAGACGGAGCCAAUUGUCAAGAUGUUUGAAGACCCAGAGACAACUCGGCAGAUGCAGUCCACAAGAGACGGAAGGAUGCUCUUUGACUAUCUUUCAGAGAAACACAAUUUUCGACAAGAAUACCUGGACACACUUUACAGGUACGCCAAAUUCCAGUACGAGUGCGGUAACUACUCUGGGGCUGCAGAGUACCUCUACUUCUUCCGUGUUCUGGUUCCAUCAACAGACAGGAAUGCAUUAAGCUCUCUGUGGGGCAAACUGGCCUCUGAGAUCCUUAUGCAGAACUGGGAGGCAGCCAUGGAGGAUCUCACGCGACUAAGAGAGACGAUUGAUAACAAUUCUGUGAGCUCUCCUCUGCAGUCACUCCAGCAGAGAACCUGGCUCAUCCACUGGUCCCUCUUUGUGUUCUUCAACCACCCUAAAGGCAGGGACAACAUCAUCGAGCUCUUCCUCUAUCAGCCUCAGUACCUGAAUGCCAUCCAGACAAUGUGCCCACAUAUUCUAAGAUACCUUACAACUGCAGUCAUCACCAACAAAGACGUGCGAAAGCGCAGACAAGUGCUCAAGGACUUGGUGAAAGUCAUUCAACAGGAGUCGUACACAUAUAAAGACCCAAUCACAGAGUUUGUGGAGUGUCUCUAUGUGAAUUUUGACUUUGACAGCGCCCAGAAGAAGCUGCGGGAGUGCGAGUCGGUUCUGGUGAAUGACUUCUUCCUGGUCGCUUGCCUUGAGGAUUUUAUUGAGAAUGCCCGUCUCUUCAUCUUUGAGACUUUUUGUCGGAUCCAUCAGUGUAUCAGCAUCAGCAUGCUGGCAGACAAGCUCAACAUGACGCCGGAGGAGGCGGAGAGGUGGAUCGUCAACCUCAUCCGUAAUGCCAGACUUGAUGCCAAGAUCGACUCCAAACUGGGUCAUGUGGUGAUGGGCAACAACGCAGUGUCGCCGUACCAGCAGGUGAUCGAGAAGACCAAGAGCCUGUCCUUCCGUAGCCAGAUGCUGGCUAUGAACAUAGAGAAGAAGGUGGCCCACAGCAACAGGAAUGAGACACCGAAUUGGGCUGCUCAAGACUCUGGCUUCUAUUAAAAUGGAAAUCAGCUUCAAGAGGAUGCAGAUGGCUCUCACAACAUUAUUUGGGCUUUUUAUUGAAAUCAUUAAUCUAUCAUUUUUGCUACUAUUGUUAUGGAACUGGCUGCUUAACUUCUGAGGUAAAAAAAAAUAUCCAAGAGGAGGCAGCAAGUCUUGAUGAAGACAUUGUCAUUUGAAGUGUUAUUUAUUAAGUGGAUACUCUCUUCAUCAGAACUUAAUUGAAAUCUGGUAUUAAAGAGGAACACUACCUAAGUUAUGAAUUACAAUGUGUUAUUUUCAUGGUCUCGGCCAAUAUUUAUAAACAUAAGCUAUUCUGUUAAUGCCAGAAACCAGAGAUGGAAGUCUCAAACUUGUGAUGUUCAUAGACAGUUGGCUGAAAUCAGACAGAAUUGUUAACUUUUUACACUCUGCUCCAUCUUCAGUCGCACAUUUCAUCCAUUUUAACCGAUUUUCGUAGGGGAGGGAGAUUUAAUUUUCCCUAACCAAUCACUAGUGAGAAUUGUUUGUGUUUACUUAUAUUCUUGGACUGACUUAGACUAUAGGAAUAACAUGAAUGCAUUUUGAAAAUGGGCGUAGUUCCACUUGAAGUUUUAAAGGUAUACUAUGAAGGAUUGUCAGGUACUAUUUGCAAACACACUCACCAAUGGAAAUAAAUGCCAAUUCUAGGUUCAUUGUCAUUUGGUGUUUCGCCUUGCUAUAUUUGCACGGGGAAAUAAGAAACUUCUAGGGGUUCAUAAAUAACAAUUGAGAGGGAUUACUUGGAUAGUAUGAGUCUAUACACUGAUUUUUAGGAAAGUCCUGCAUACUAUAUCUGAGUCUCUCAAUUAUUCACCAGACUUUGGAAGUAACAACCCAACCCAACCAGAGAAUGAACAUUAAACAUUUUUUGGCUCCAC